GUUAAACAUGGAUUAUUUUGUAUUACACCAGCUGUUGCUGUACGUCGAUCAAUUACAAAUCCAAAAUUAUCAUCAUUAAUGUUGUUUACUGGUGAACCAAUAUCAGCAAAAGAAGCUUAUGAACAUGGUCUUGUUAGUCGUAUUGUUGGUGAAAAUGAUUUAGAACGUGAAACAAAUAAAAUUGCUCAACAAAUUUGUGCACAUAGUCAAUCAGUAGUAGCUAUUGGUAAAAAAUAUUUACAAAUGCAAGAUAAAAAAGAUGAUCUAUUUAAUGAUUAUCAAAUAGCUACACGUGGUAUGAUUGAAAAUCUCGAACUUAAGGAUACACAACAUGGACUUGAGUCAUUUGUUAAAAAAACACGUCCAACAUGGACACAUAAAAAUGAUAAAAUUUAG